UAUAAUGGAGCUCCGUUUGGAUGCAAGCACUCGCAGACCUCGUAGCCCGUCGAGAAAGCGACAUGCUUGUUCGCGAAGGCGGUGGUGAUCGUGGAGGUGGUGUCGUCGUAAAAACUAAAGAAAAGUUGAACAAUCGGCCGCUCAUCGGUAUUCUGACGCAGGAAAUAAGUUAUAACUUAAAUGGAACGUAUCCUAAUCGGUAUCAUAGCUACAUCGCUGCAUCGUAUGUGAAAUUUGUGGAAGGUGCCGGCGCUCGACCAGUACCGAUUUGGAUUGGUGAGAACAGAUCGUACUAUGAGGAUAUCUUGAGCAAAGUCAACGGGGUUCUCUGGCCGGGAGGGUCGACGUAUUUCUUUCAGAAGGCAGGAUAUGCUGAUGCAGGUGCCAAGAUUUACAGAAUUGCGAAGAGAAUCAACGAAGAAGGCAAGUACUUCCCAAUAUUCAGUAUCUGCCUUGGCUUCGAACUCUUGACAUAUGUCGCUGCGAAUCGCGUCGAGCACAGAACGUCAUGUUCCAGUAACAAUCAGCCUCUUCCACUAGAAUUUACACAUGAUUUUAGAGAAAGCAAGUUGUUUAAGAACGCACCACCAAAUGUCUUGAGGAUUUUGGCUGAGCAGAAUGUCACGGCGAAUUAUCAUCACCUUUGCGUCACGAAGAAGGAUUUACGCAGUGUCAAUUUAACUGAUGAAUUUCACGUAUUGUCAUUCAAUCAUGAUAAAAACGGCUUGAAAUUCAUUUCCACCUUGGAACAUAGACAGUUCCCGUUCUACGGAUUGCAGUUCCACCCGGAAAAGAACCUUUACGAAUGGGUGACCGGGAAGAAAAUUCCUCACGGAAUCAAUGCUACUAUAGUAUCUCAAUAUUUCGCCAAUUUUUUCGUUAACGAAGUUCGUAAAAAUUUGAACGAAUUUCGGACGAAACAAGAUGAGCAACAGAGUCUGAUCUACAACUAUCCUGUUACUUACACAGCGCUGCAGAAUUCGUCUUUCCAGCAGUGUUACAUGUUUACAAAAAGCGAUCGCAAUAAGUUCUUUACGUAAGAUGCAACGUUAAUUUUGAUAUGUAAAAUAUAACAUUAAUUCUUAAAAUUGGAAACAAAAACGUCGCACAUUUUUUCCAUGUACACAAACGUCUUAUUCUCUUUAUCACGUUGUACAAUACUUUUUAAAUAGAUUCGAUGAUCUUUUACUUGUCUGGACGUGUUAGAUGAAAAUAAAAUUUAAUUAUUAUAAUUUAACGAGAUAUCAAGUGUCAGUAUGAUUAGACAGCACUGGGGAACACAAAAACAAAAGAAAAUUGGUACGCGCAAUUUCCACAUUUAACAUAACACCAGUGUAUAUUGUGUCACAACUGGGAUACAUAAUAUUACAAUGGUGCAUAAUAAAAUUCUAUACAUAUUUUCGUUCUAUCUAAAGUAAAUAAUAUUUUUUUCAAUCUUUUUUUUCCGUCACCACGUUUUUCUCGCUCUGAGUCGAAGCGCGAGCUAUUGCUACAUUCGUGCAUUGCAGACGCAUGUGUUGCACUGCGACUCUAGGUGCGAUGUCGCGAAAAGACGGCAAAGAAUAAUGAUGCCCAAAACACCGCCAAUAACGCCGACAUCGUGUACGCGUGAGCUCGCUUCGACCCAAAACGUCGAACGCUUAGAUCUUGACUGCUUGCCAUUAAUCUUCAUCUUUAUCUUUAAACAAGCACGAAACUAAACCUCUUAAAAGCAUGAAUCAACUCUUAGUUUUUAUCCUUGUAACGUAUGAUAGUUAUCAUUAUUAAUAAUCAUAAUAAUUCAUAUAAACAUUAUUUCUAUUUAUUCCUUGUUACAUGUUCUUCUUAGCAAUGUGUGGGAUGUAUAGACCAAAGAAAUUGCUUCCUCUUUCUCUAUCUUUUCUUUUCUCUUUACACGUGUGUGUUUCGUCGGGAAGUAUGUUUUCUGUCUUUGAGGAAAAAAUGAAUCUGGUUGUUUUUCCCCGGCGAUUCACUUGUGUAUGUUACAGAGUAUAUAUACAUAAUGUAUAUAAGCACGAAAGCAGUAUAUAUAUUAUACAUAUAUAUUUGUCCAUCCCAAAGUAGAUAAGUUCGCGAUGAUUCGCGUGUUCUCUUUUUCUUUUUUUCUAUACUUAUUUAUUAUCGCCCUCACCUCUUUUACUUUUUUUUUUCUCGAGAAUAUAACAAAGGUCUAUGCAUAAUGUAGGUAAAUUCCGCAUGGUAUUUCAUGUAUAAGAUGACCCUGCAAUACACUGAAAUUUUUCUGUCGUUACUUUAAAUAGUACAUAUGAUAUCUCUAACUGUAUUUCUCAAUGCUUAUUUUAUAUAUAUAUAUAUAUAUAUAUAUUCAUUAUAUAUAAUAUGUAUCUAGAUUUCUACCGACUUGCGAACAACUUUCGCCGCACGCGGGUCACGCGUGACGCACACGCGUUAAUAAAUUUGUCAUCCUCUUUAUAUAAUGCCUAUUUGAUAGGUACUAUUAAUAUUAUACAUAAUUAUAUAUUUAACGUAAACGCGACGGCGAGAUGAUCGGAUGCGACUUUCUGUUUGUUCUUAUAUCGCUUUGCGUGACCGAAUCUGAUUGAAAUUUGUGAGAUUCGGUACACACACGCAUAAUCAUUCAUCACGCUGCCACACUUAUUUAUCUCUCUUUACUUUAAUCUUAACGGUAAAUACGAAAUAUAUGGCCUUACAGGAUGAUUGCUACAGUGAUAAGUGUUCCUCUCUUUUCGUGAAAGAUGAUAGAAAAAGAAUUAUUUAAAAAUAAUUAAAUUUAAUAACGAAACUUAAAACGUGAAAAAUAUAUAUUCUCGGUAACGCGUGAAAUUCGACUUGCGUACAUCAAUUUUAUCUUUUUAUUUAUCUGCAAGUUUACCGGGGGGAUCCGGUAUCAGUGGUAUUCGUUUGCAAUUGUUUAUAACUCCUUAAACAAAAUGCGGCUGAGCCAUAUUGCACUCGAUUGUAAUAA